UGUCAAAGUGUUUGAUAAAAAAGCCACAAGACAAGUAAAAAUUAAAAACAUAACGUGCUGAUUGCCGAGCUCUAGCCUAGCUGUUUAGAUAAUUUAAAGAAUAAAUAACAUUACCAAUUUAAUAUUUCUUUAAAUAAUCUAUAGAAAUGCCGAAAGUAACAAAAUUACAUAGUACGGGUAAGCCAAAAGCUCUCCAAAAAUCUACUAAGCCCGAUGGGUCAGAUCAACGAGACCCAGAAGAAUCGUUAAGAGAAUUUCAGUUACAGCUUCUUUGGUGUAUUCAGAAAUUAGAAAAAUCUAUAGGUGAAAAGAAAGGAAAUGAUAGACAGCUUCAAGAAAUGUGGAAAGUAUUGACAAUAUUAAAAAAUAACAAUCAGCCAAUAAUACGGAAGAGGCAGCUGAUGCGGAAACAUCUAGGAGAUUAUAGAGCAAAGAUGGCAGCUGAAGAGAAGAGCCUGGUCAAAAUGUCAAGCAAGAUAAAGAUAGCAGAUAAUCCAGUGCUGCCAAAGGCUACAUUUCUAAGAAAAUCAGCAUUUUUAUCGAGUGGUGAUACUGCAUUUAAGUUUAAUUUUAAUGUUUCACAAGAAAGAGAAGAUAAAGUUGCAAAAGAAUUAAACAAUGUUAUUGACAAGACGGAAAACAUUGUGUUAACAGAUACUGGCAACACAUCAAAACCUGUCAUAAAUGAUGCAGAAGAUCUCAUGAAAGAAAAUUUAAAUAAAUGUAAAUUUUCUGCUUCUGUUUCAGAAUUUAAGUUUAAUUUUGAUGUAGAUGAAACAAGUAAGUAAUUAAAGUGAGACAGUUAAAUUUAGUUAUAUAUUUCAGAUAUUACUAUAAAAGUUGCAGUUUAUUUUCUUAGUUUUUAAGGCUGAUAAAUUUUGUCUAUUUUA